CACAGGCAGGCUUUUUGAUCAACAAAUGUGAUGGCUUAUCACCCUCAGGACCCAAGGUUCUCUACAGAGGGACUAACCCUAUACACGGGAGGUCUCAAUACCAUGGUCAGGAUGGCUGCACCCACUCAGUCCGUCAACCUGGCCCCACUUCUAACACAUGCCCCUAUUCCAACACCAAAUCAAUCACCCGGCCAGCAGGAAACUCCACUUGUAGUACACACAAGUCUACCUAUUCCUUCUCAACAGUCUGUACAGCUGCCCCCUCUCCAGGCAGUACCACAGGACUCCACUGUCAGCUCAGCAGCUCCUCCUGUGAGACAGAAACCUCAGAUUUUAGAGAAAAUGAAACUUUUGAGAGAUUCUGGAAAGUAUUGUGACAUUGUCAUUGAUGUCAAAGGGAGACAAUUCAGAGUUCACAAAAAUGUCUUAGCUGCAUGGAGCCCUUACUUUGACUGUCAUUUGUUUGGUGAUGGUUACACAUCACCAGAUCUUAUGAUUGUUAAUUAUGAUAACCACGAAGUCUUUUCAGACUUGCUUGAUUUUCUCUACUCAGGAUGUAUAGCACCAAGGGAAACAAAUUUCCUGCAAUUAUUGCAUCUGGCUGUGAGUUUUCAAAUUGAUCCACUGCGGGGAGACUGUGAGGAAUAUCUCAGAUCCAACCUUCAUCUUGGCAAUUUUAUCAGUACUUAUUUUCUCUGUCGAAAGUACAGUCUUACAUCUUUAGAGGAUUUUAUUGCUGGAUUUCUGCAGAUGAAUUUGUCUGAUGCUGUAAAACAAAAUGAAUUUUUGUCACUUCCAGUGGGACGAAUCCAUGCCUUCCUUUCCACAGGCCGCAUGGAGCAAAUUAAACCAGAGGUGAAACUGUUUUUGAUCAUCAGCUGGGUAGGAUUCGAUGUUCAGGACCGCGAACGCUACCUUGUGAUGCUGUUAAAGCAUAUAGACUGGUCAACAGUGGCUAGUGACUUUCUGCUGGAAAUUAGCAGGACAGAGAAUUUCUUCACAACACAUGAAUCUAGUCUCUAUCUUUUGUUACAGACUUUGUAUAGUUCUCAGAUUUCACUUGGGCCAUAUGUCAAACUGUUUCCUGCUCUGCGACAGGCAUACUCACACAUCUUGAACAAUAUUGUACAAAUUGGAAUUGUUACACCUGAAAUGGAAAAUUUCUGUCCUGUGACAGUCAGUGUGUCAUCCAUUUUGAACUCAAAUACAAAACAUGAUGCAGCCGUCAACACUGAGGUGACUGGGCCAGAUGUAGAGGCAGCCAUGCCUACACCUAGGAGGUUGAGCAUUACACGAAAUGUUGAUGUAAAUUCAGAUGAAAGUGUUGAGGGAAGUGACCAAGAGGAGACUGGAGACUGCCAGGAGCCUAGCGAUGAGUCGCCUCAACAGCAAAUGCCACCUACCUACAUUGAUGUCCAGUCAGGGACAAUGAAAGUUCAGAAAAGGAAAGGUAUGCCAAAGAAAAUCAAGCUUAUCUUACCAGUUCCUCCUAAAGACAAGCAGUCAACGCCAAAACAAAAGUCACCAAAAACAACUGGUACCUCUUUUGGUGUCAUGACUAGAAGUAGUCGUUCAAAGAAAGCUGUUCUGGAGUUGGAAGAAGAAAAUGAAGACGAAGCCAGUGAGGACAUUAACACAGACGAAAACAACUUAGAUCAAACAGAUGAUGAUUAUGAAAAUAAUGUAGAAAUGGAGAAUUUGGAUGAUUCUGAUGGAAACGAAGAGGAUUUCUCAGAUGACGAAGUGCAAGCAGAGAAAUCCAAUGGUGUUUCAAAGAAGUCUCAAAUACGUCAAAAACGAAAGAAAUCAAAUUUUGGAAAUUUGUCAAAAGAAAAAUUGACAAGAGAAUGUGGUAUUUGUGGUUUCACAUCUACAUCAUUACCAAUCAUGAAAGAACAUAGAGUCAAAGCACACUUUAAAAACUUGUACUUUGAAUGCAAAGACUGUGAUUUCCACACGAGUGUGAAUAGAGAAUUCUUGACACAUAUGCGAAACCACUAUAACGGACCACCAUAUCAAUGUAAACUUGAAGGAUGUGAUUAUUCCUCUGAUAAGCUGCAAAGGGUUAUCACACAUCAACGUAGUCACACUGAGGAACGACCCUAUGAAUGUCAAAUCUGCAACAUGAAACUCAAGUCCAGAAAUAACCUCUUUGCUCACCUGAAAACUCAUUCAGAAAAACGUCCGUUUGAGUGUGAUGUGUGUCACUUAAAAUUUCGAACACGGAACACGAGAGACACUCACCUUGUGACGCACAGUGAUGAACGCCCAUAUCUGUGUGACUUAUGUGGAUUUUCAACCAAGUUCCAGUCUCAUCUCAUCUCUCACAAGCGAAUUCACACAGGUGAUGUAUACCCUUGUACAUUCCCAGACUGUACAUACACAACUCCGAAGAAAAGUCAGCUCAAAAGUCAUUACAGGAAACAUGAAGAUUUACGUACAAAUGUUUGUAAAAUAUGUCUGAAGGCUUUCAAAGAAAAGAGCCAUUUAAAUCGACAUGAGAAGAUUCACUCCAAAGAACCAAAGUUUAAAUGUGAUUUCUGUAGUUACACCAGCCAUCGCUGUGACAAGCUCAAGGAACAUUUUGAAAAACAUCAUGGUGAAAAUGCUACCGCUAAAACUCAGUACAGGAAAAGAAAGACUAAAGAAACAGUAACUGUUGUUGCAAAAUCAUCUGCACGACAAGAAUUUGAUCAUGCAUAUACAAUGCCACUCCCAACUACUUAUAUACAUGACCUUCAAGGAAACGUUCAGGCAAUUCCUGGCCUUUUACCCACGAAUGAAAUGAACAUUGCUUCCAUGUCUCUUCCCGUCACCUUGGCUUCAGCACUGGAACAGGAUGGCGUCACGAUGGAGGAUCGACUUAGUAUUGUCAGUGUGGCAGAGGGAAACAACAUCAGUAUCAACCAAACGACACCUAUUAUUCAUACACAUAGACUUUCAGUUCAGGACGGUGAUCAUCGAGUCAUUAUGACAGAGACUGAUCAACGCUCGCUUCUGACAGAGGCUGACCAGCGAGUGAUUAUGUCUGAAUCUGACCAGCGACUAUUACUACAAGAGGGUGACCAUCAGUCCUACAUACAGCCCCAGGUCCACCUAGCUAUAUCCCAGUCUUCAGUCAGUCAGCAAGGCUUGGUGUCGCCCACUUCAGUGCAGUCCCUACAAGCCCAGGGUGGACAGGACUAUGGUGGGCUUAGUGCCUUUAUGGCUUUGUUUUAAUCGUGCGAGCUGCUUCUGCUUAGGAUGGACAGGACUCUGUUAUUUAUGUAUGGUGAUGAACCUGCUGUACCGUUAGGUGUAAGACAAAAAUAUGUUUGUCUUUUAAAGAUCAAACUGACACCGAUAAAAUCUUUCCUUAGGUUGAGAUAUAAAUAGAACAAUUAUUUUAGCCAAUUUAUGAAAAUCAAUGAAAUAUUAAGUAAAUUAUUUCAUUCUGAAAGUAUUGAUUACCUGAUCUAUCUGUCCACCACAUUCACAGGGAGAAGUCUUAUUUCUUGCCAACUUUUCAAAAACAACAAAAUUAUGGAAGAAGCAGCUGAAAAUUCUGUCAGAGUUCCCUUUCAGCCAUUUUAAUGACUCACUUGAAAGUUUCAUAUGGUAUUAUACAGGCAUUGCUAUACAAGAAAUAAUAUGCUCUAAUCCUGUCUUGUUAUGACUGAAGGCCAGGACUGGGUGGUUUCAUUCUUAUUCGUGCCAGACAGGGCAUUGCUGCUAUGGAUUUAGCAUACUGGGUAUCAAUGGCCCAGAUUAGCUAUGUUUAGACACCUACCCUUUGCAAUAAAGACCUGGAUGGUUUGAGUCUUUUAUAACCCUGCUUGAUAUUGAAUUUUUUUUUUUAAAUAUGAUUUUUAAAGAUGAACCCUGUUUAAGCCACUAGGUCCAAUUUUAGCAGAUCUAGAUGUAUUAGUAGGAUACUAUUUAGUGUAAAUUGAUGUGCAAAUUCAACAAUGUCAUCUCUCCCUUCCUCCGUCCAUCAAUUCUCUUCCUUCAGGUUUCUUCAAGCACAUCAUUGUAACAUACGCAAAAGACUGUUCAUCAUCAGCUGCUGCUGUCAUAUUUAUUUAUUUAUCUAUUUAUUAAUUUAUUUAUUGAAAUAAUUAACAAAUACAUGUGAUAUGCCAUAUAUCAAGUUUAUAAGACAAAAUUGAUAUUUUUUUUAUUCAAAAUGAAUCAAUUACUAAUAAGAGGCAUUUUAAAGGGAUAAUUUCCUUGUAAAUUGGACUUGCUGUAACGACAUGGUCCUAUUUGGGCUGUUACAUAUGUUUGAUAUCAGAAAUAGCAUUUUCUAGUUUAUCUGAUGUCUGCAUUAUGCAAGAAAUAUUGAGUUGUUAGGUUAUAUGUAAAUUAAGAUGUAAAUAUCAUUUAUGAAGGAUGGUAAUUAUUAACUUUUGAUUUUGUUAAUUAGCAAUAUAUUAACGAAUGUGUUCUUUUACUUUUCCUUCCCAGAAUUAUUACAGUACAUAAGGAAAAUUUGUAGUGUGUCUGCUUUGAUUCUUCUGCAGGCUCUCCAGCAUCCCUAAAAUUCCUAAAAAAUCCUAAUUUUUUUCAGUUUUGCUAAAAUUCCUAAAAAAGUGAAAAAUUCAAAGGGAAUUCCUAAAAAAAGCCCUAAUUUUUCACUUCAUUUCCUACUUUUUUAUAUUUCUUACAAUUUACUGAAAAUGUUUUCAUUAUUAAAUUCAUACUGUUUUAAUGUAGUCUGUAGUUCUAAUUCAGGGUAGACCAUGAAAGGCAGUAUACCAGUGAAUCUAUGUACCCAGAUUGUUAUUGGUUGUGACUGAGUGACAGAGGUGUGAUUCUUAAGGUCACAGCCAACAGCAGCUGGAACAGUGAAACCCUGGAAGACACCUUUCCUGCAAUUAAGGCAUUGUAUGUUAGUUUCUAUUUUGUCAAAUUUGCAAAGCUAAGUCAGUUUAAUGCUUUCAUACUCCCUAUUCUAGUUACAACAUUCCUAAUUUUAUCCCUAAAUUUGCCCUAAAACUUUGUAAUUUUAGCCCUAAAAUUAGCCCUAAUUUUUUGUCAAGAAGUGCUGGACAGCCUGCUACUGUAAUAAUCAGAGGUAGAAUUGGUGCUAGUUCAGAAAGACUGUGAAUUAAGUUUGUUGAUAAUUUUUGUGAGCAUCUUUUACCUCACUUUCCAAAUCCUUGAUAAAAAUGAGAUGUACGAAAUGAUAUAGAUAAAGGGUAGAACAUCAACACCAGGGAUUGCCGGACUUUGUAGAUUUCAUUAGUUGUCAUGUUUAAGAUCGCUAGACCAACCCUCAUCAGAACAAUUUUACAUCGAGAAAAAGGAAAGUCAAAGUGCAAAAUACACUUCUAUCUAAAGAAAAAUCACAUUUACAGUAAUCUUUAGUUAUUAAUAAUGUGUGAUCAGGAUUAAUUCUAUUGUGAUGCCAUGGACUUUUAUGUAACUAUGAGAAAAUGUCUUCCAAAAUAGAAAUAUCUAAUCAUGAUGACAAAAUUGUGAAUUGUUUGUUCUGAAGUAAUGUAAACUGUAAAACACAUAUUUUGGUGGUAAUCUUAUUUCAGCAUUUGUCAUGCUGAAAGUAUCCAGCUAAAAUAUGAUUGUGCUGAUCACAAUCGUAAUGUAAUCAUAACACUUUCUAUGUGUUGUUUACAAACAGCAAUCAUUGCAUAUAUGCAAAUUCAUUAAUGAGCUGAUUAGCUGAAAAGUAGAAUGUGCUAAAAUUUGAUAGCACCAAAAUAAGUGUGCGUGCAGUAUAUCAUUCUAAUACAGUAAUGUUGAUGGUUACAGUUUGUACAUUAAUGUAAAUUAAAUUUCAUUAACUUCUUGUAUUUGUUUAUGUACAUACUAAUAUAUGUACCUGCUUAUAUGAAAGUUACAAGGAUUUAAUCCUAUUUCACUGUUACCUGCUAAAUUAAUAAAAGGUGUUCCUGUCU